UCCGCCGAGAGUGUGGGCCCGGCGCUGACUUGACUGCCGCUGCCCGGGGACAGUGCGGCAGGCCGAAGGGGAGCCGAGGCGUCUGCGGCGCCCGCCCAGAGCGCGACUGAGGGCUCCAUCGCGUGCGCGAGCUCCCGAAACUGGGAGGAUGCUGGUGGUGGAGGUCGCUAAUGGCCGCUCGCUGGUGUGGGGAGCUGAGGCGGUGCAGGCGCUGCGGGAGCGCUUGGGAGUCGGGGGCCGCACGGUGGGCGCCCUGCCCCGCGGGCCCCGCCAGAACUCGCGCCUGGGCCUCCCGCUCCUGCUGUUGCCCGAAGAGGCCCGGCUCCUGGCCGAGAUAGGCGCCGUGACACUGGUCAGCGCCCCGCGUCCGGAUCCCCGUAGCCAUGGCCUGGCCCUAGCAUCGUUCAAACGCCAGCAAGAGCAGAGUUUCCAGGAGCAGAGCACUUUGGCCGCCGAGGCCCGUGAGACCCGGCGCCAGGAGCUCCAAGAGAAGAUCGAAGAGGGCCAGGCCGCCAAGAAGCAGAAGCUGGAACAGGAUUCAGGGGCGGAAGAAGGCCAAGAAGCGGGUGGAAGCGAAGCUACCCAAGCGAGCGAGACAAAUGAUGAUGGCCAGGCUUCUGCGGAGCAGGAGGGAGCAGACUCCUCAUCUCCCCAACCAGGGCCUUCAAACGGGGUGACCCCCUUGCCCAGGUCAGCCCUGCUCAUCCAGCUGGCCACUGCCAGGCCUCGGCCUGUGAAGGCUAAGCCUCUGGACUGGCGUGUGCAGUCCAAAGACUGGCCCCACGCUGGCCGUCCUGCCCACGAGCUGCGCUACAGCAUCUACCGUGACCUCUGGGAGAGAGGCUUCUUCCUCAGCGCAGCUGGGAAGUUUGGCGGCGACUUCCUGGUCUAUCCCGGUGACCCGCUGCGUUUCCACGCUCACUACAUUGCUCAGUGCUGGGCUGCUGAAGACCCCAUCCCACUUCAGGACCUGGUCUCUGCCGGCCGCCUGGGAACCAGUGUUAGAAAGACCCUGCUUCUCUGCUCCCCUCAGCCUGAUGGGAAGGUGGUCUACACCUCCCUGCAGUGGGCCAGCCUGCAGUGAACUGCAGGAGACCGAGGGAGAUGUGGCUAUGGUGAGGUGUGGCUGUGGGUCGCAAGAACCCUUCUGGAUGGUCACUCCAGCUUGUCUGCACAUGAAGGCUUGUGCCCUGCCUGGUUAGUUCCGAUUCCAGAGUUUUGAACACUACAUCCUUUCUGGUUUUUUUUUUUUUUUUUUUUUUUUUUCUGUUUUAAGGCACUUAGUAGCAGUGUUGUUUUGUAUUUCUGUUUCCAUACUGUGAGCUUGUUCAGAGUUGAGACUGCUCUUACUUGGCUUUUCUGUUUUCUACAGGGCAGUUCUCAAUACAUUUGUUGAAUAAAUGUUUGUAUUUUGAGUCCUUACA